CUGAACGAUAACAUACAUUUUGCUGUUUUUUUUUUUAAUUAGUUCAUCACGCAUUUGUUGUGAGAGGUUAGGGUUAGGGUAGGUUUACUUGAGGACUCCAACGGAGCGCCCUUUUAAUUCUACUCUAGUUUUUAUUUCAAUUUAUUCCCAAUUUCAAACUGUUUCCUUGUUGAAGACCUAUAUAUUGUUAAUAAAUAUAGUUCGAAGAAUAGGAACAAUGAGGGUGGCUGUCUGUUUGGUCACAGCACUCUGCGUCUGGGCGUACACCGGUGUUCAAGGGUCACCCACAAAUGAUGGGUUGAUUGCCAAGAGGGAUGAUCUCCAACAGGAGACUGCCGGAGAGGAUCUACUCAAAAAAGGUAUUGACGAGCAAGUUGUCAGCACCGUCGAACGAGCCGUGGACACUCUCAAUGAGGUAAAAAUUAUUUUUUUUUUUAAAAGAAGAAGAAAAACUUAUUUAAUAAUUUCUAGGAAUCGUUUUUUCAUCUACCAUAAUAAAAUUAUUUAAAAAAAAAAAAAAUCUAAACUAUUUAUCAUUCAGCUGUAUGUAGCAAUGCUUUAAAUUGUCACAGGAACCAAAUUUACUAUUACGAAAUAAUGAGAGAAAAUAGGAUUCGUAAGAAUACAAGAGAAGAGCUUGAUGUUCUUAGAUCUUGGGGUAUCGGACUGAAUGCCUCUAAGUCAGGGACCCACACCACAGUGGCGACUUGGUGUUGUCACAUGGGAUGUGCCUCUUCGUGGCAGUCUAGUAGGGAGGCCAGUCUCACGAAGCUAAAAACCUAAGCCACUUGCAUGCCUCCCAACGAAACGGGAGUAACGCAAUAACACGAUUACUUGUUGCCGUUAAUGGAUAUGAGGUCUGGGUGGCGGUUAAAGCCCAUACCCAUGAUUUUAGCUACGCGGCCCUGAGAAAGCCGCUCCUAUGCGACCGUUUCGUCCCAGCUUUCAUCUUGACCGAAAGACUCCUUGGACGGUUGGGGUGGUAACGCAACACCUUUCCCCCGGAGAUGAAGCAAAGCCGUCCUGACCCACGGAGAGUGGACCACGAACGCAGCGUUUUCUAUCGAAUGGACAUCCCCCAGACCAGGGGGGGAGGUUCCCGGCGUGCUUCCGCACGGUCUGGCGACAGUGAGACUCGGUGGGGAUACACGGCAUCUACCCCGUGUGGAGGUGUGCCGUGAAAAAAGUGUGUGUGUGGGGGGGGGUUAUAAAGAACUCUUGCUCGACGACCGACCGACGCCAAUGUGACGUUGUUAGAUAAAGUCAUGGUCCAUUUUUUUAUUCGAAAACACAGGAAAAUGAAACCAAAACCAAAAUAAAUAGCUACCAUCAGUGGUGUAGCUAGGGUUGGUGUCACCCGGUGCGGUUCACAACCCACCCCCCCCCUCGCACCUCCUAGCUGCGUCACUGCUUAAUUAGUAAAACUGAUUUUAACAUUGGUGUUAAAUUGAUUUUAAUUCUAAAAUUGAUCGUAGAAUUGUUUUUAAGUGUAAAAUUCAUUGUAAAAUUUAUUACAAGAGCUAACUUUUUUUUUCAUAUAGUUAGGAGCAGAGAUGUAUUUCCAAUGUUGCUUAUUUGCUUAUUUGAAAACCUAGAAAAUGAUUCGAAUUCCUCCUUCAACCUAUACACAAAUUAAACAUAAACUGUGAACUCGACAUCGGUCGAAAGCUUCAAGGCUGCCCUGGCAUUAGCUAGGAGCUGUUAGAUUGGCAACAUCGUAUUCCCAACCGUUGCAAAGAUGCCAGUACAUGGAUGCAGCAACGAAACAUUACCAGAACCAGAAUAAGUUUAAAUUUUUACACAAGGGGAAAGUUUAAAUAUUUAACUGGACCUAAUAGUAAGAAGAUAUAUGUACACACAUAGGGAACUAUUUUUAACUGGACCUAACACUUUGAAGAUAUACAGGAUGGGCCAAUCAAAGUGAGAACAUCUCGUAAAAUGUGAUUUAAUCACAUCAAAUUUAGUUUAAAUAUACCCAUGCUAGCUUAAAGUCGAUGAGAAGCAAGGAGGACACAUUGAACAUGAUUUCUGAUUAGCUAAAUAUUUUGCAAAAAAAAAAAAAAAAUUCCAUGAAGAAUUAUAAUUAAUUAAAUUAUACUUUGAAAUAACUAUGUUCUCACUUUUAUUGGCCCACCCUGUAUGUACACAAACAAAGGAAAGUGGAAUACUAAUAAUAUAAAUAAUUCAAACGUCUGCUUCAAAUUGUUACAGUUGUUUCAAAAAAGACCCAGUCCACAACAACGUCGUACUUUGAUCGAUGACAGAUAUAACAAGGAUGACGUCCUUAAAAAAGGCCUGGCUAUACCGGACGAAAAGCGGGGUGACACGGACCCAGGUCAGAGGUCAAAUCUCGAGCAGCAGUUGGAGCGGUUGAAGAGAGCGUCCAGAAAAAACCGCGCCCUUUUGACCCUCGUCAGACGUGGGUGGUGGUCAGACACCUGGGACACCGUCAAGGACGCGGCGGGCAGCGUCGGGGACAGAAUCAAAGACGGCUACAACACGCUGAAGGAUAAAAUUGAGGACAAGGUCGAUGUCGUUAAGGAAAAGUGGCAGAAAUUUAAGGAGGUCUUUGAAAGGAAGGCCGUCCAGGCUCCGCUUCAGUUUUCAGACAUUGUCAACUACGUGGACAAGCGGGACAGCGGUCACCAAGACGACUAAGAGAGACGGUCGUCCGGCGAGAAUGAGCUGGAGAGAAGGGAUGAACGGGCCGUUGCUCCGUCGGACGUCCGUGGGGGCGGUGGAAGCUGUGAGAGAUCUCCAAGAUUGUUUGGACCAGGCCUCAGAGUUUGCUGUGAAAAAAUAAAAGCUACAUAGUUUGUCAUUAUUGUUUG